UUUUUUAAAACUCAGUUGUCUACACAAUUGAGUUUCAGAAGAGAGGGUUGCCACAUGCUCACAUACUUCUAUGGCUUGACGGUGACUUCAGAAAUCCAACAGCAUCAGAUAUUGACAAAAUCAUCUCAGCAGAACUCCCAGACAAAGAAAAAGAUCCAGAGGCUUAUGGUCUGGUGGAGCAACACAUGAUGCACGGCCCCUGUGGGGAAGACAGAAAAGCAUCUCCGUGCAUGGAGGAUGGUGUUUGCAGUAAAAAAAUUCCCCGCAGCUACGUUUCACACACUCAAGUUAAUGAGUCCGGCUACAUCUUAUACAGGCGACGGCAGACAGAACAGUUUGUUUACAAGGGAAACAUCAAGCUUGACAAUCAAUUUGUUGUUCCCCACAAUCUCCAGAUCCUGAAAAAAAUACAAGGCACAUGUCAAUGUCGAAUGGUGCAACAAAUCAAGCGCAAUCAAAUACCUGUUCAAGUACAUUACAAAGGGUGUUGAUAGAUCAUGCUUCAGGUUCCAAAAAAACCAAGACCAGUCUACUCAGUCGGAGACAAACAAAAAAGAAAAGCCGAUCAAUGAGAUAGAUAAUUAUUUAGACGGGAGGUACCUUUCAGCAUGUGAAUCGAUGUGGAGAAUAUUUGAGUUUUCUAUUCACCACCACACCCCAGCGGUUCAGAAAAUGCCAGUACACCUCCCUGGAGAACAGACGGCUAUAUUUGAAGAAGAUGAGGACCUUGGGAAUGUCGAGAACCGGUACCUACAUGGCAGAACUAUGUUAACAGAGUGGUUUGAAAUGAACAGACUCUACGAAGAAGUCAGGAAAUUAAAGUACAUUGAGAUGCUACUUAUGUUUGUCUGGGAUAGUUCAAACAAGAUCUACACAAAAAGAAAGCAGAAAGGGACCAUUGGACGGAUUGUAAACAUUAACCCAGCAGCUGGUGAUAAAUAUUACUUGCGCAUUUUGGUCAGCGUAGUACGAGGCCCUACAUGCUAUGACGAUUUAUAUUCAGUGGGUGACAUCAAAUACAAUACCUUUCAAGAAGCCUGCUAUGCAAGAGGCUUGCUCGGCACAGACAAGGACUGGCAUGACUCGAUGUCAGAAGCAUCUCAAUUCUCAUCGCCAAGAUCUCUUCGCUACAUGUUCGUACUAAUCCUCGUCUUCUGUCAGGUCUCAGAACCAAAAAAACUAUGGGACCAUUCUUGGCAGGACAUGGCAGAAGAUGUUCUCAUGCAGCAACGACGUCUACUUCGUUUCCCAGACCUCCAGCUAUCCCCCAAUGAACUACAACAGUACACACUUAUUGAAAUAGAAUGCUUGCUACAAAACUUCGAGAAGUCGUUAACUGAGUUUACGGUGAUGCCACUUCCAAACAAAGCUGUUAUGGACCAAAUCAAACAUAAAGCUAUGGCGAGGCACGACCAGUUUGACAUAGCUGAGGAGGCCAUUAUCCACGAGAAGCUUUUUGACAAACUCAACCAUCAACAACGGGCAGUAUAUGAUGCAGUCAUCAAGUCCGUUUUUCAGAAGGAAGGCAGGUUAUUCUUCCUCUAUGGAGCAGGAGGUACAGGAAAGACAUUCCUAUACCGAGCCAUCAUAGCAGCUUUGCGAUCAAGCAGCAAGAAAUUCAUACCAGUCCCUUCCUCAGCAAUUGCCGCUCUUCUACUGCCUGGUGGUCGCACAGCACACUCCAAGUUUAAUAUUCCACUUAAGCUUUUUGAAGAUACUUACUAUGAAGUGAAAGCUGGAACAAUCCUCGCCAACUUCCUCAACGAAUCAGACCUCAUCAUCUGGGACGAAGCUCCAAUGGCACAUCGCCACACGUUUGAAGCUGUUGAUCGUACUCUAAGGGACAUUUUAGCAGUCACAGAUAAAACAACGUUGACAGAACCUUUUGGUGGCAAAACAGUACUUCUGGGAGGUGAUUUCCGCCAGAUUUUGCCAGUUAUUCCCCAAGGUACAAGACAAGAUACAGUCAACGCCGCUCUCAAUCGAUCGCACCUCUGGAACAACUGCGAAAUUUUUCUCCUGACGCAAAACAUGCGUGUAAAACCAGAAGAAAAAGCUUUUGCGGACUGGAUUCUUGAGGUCGGUGAUGGCAGAGCAGCAAAGGAACCUCAGAUCCUCGACGACUGUGCCCAACCAGAAGAUCAAAUUCUCAUAGACAAAACUAUCCUUCUGCCUAUAACCUCCACUCCUUUGGAGACUCUAUGUUCUUCUGCCUUUUCAGAUUUUGCAAACGACUACAAGGAUCUGUACAAAAUCAGAGAGACUGCCAUAUUAACACCAAGGAAUGUCACAGUUGAUGAAAUCAACAAUUAUUUGGUAUCAAAAGUUCCUGGAGAAGAGAAGGAGUACUUGAGUGCGGACAGCUUUGCGGAGGAAGAGCAACAUUCAGGAGACUUAGAUAUGACAUACCCGGUGGAAUAUCUAAACUCAUUGGAGUUUCCAGGUCUACCAGCGCAUAAACUACGUCUGAAAGUGGUUGUCCCAGUCAUGCUCCUGCGUAAUCUGAACCAAAAGGAAGGCUUAUGUAACCGCACAAGACUAAUAGUGACACACUUGGGGGAAAAGGUUAUUAAGACAGAAAUGCUCACAUCAACCACCAAGAGAGAUCCUAUUCUGCUACCACGGAUCAUAUUGUCACCACCAGAAUCCAACCAUCCAUUCACCUUGAAGCGACGCCAGUUUCCGAUAAGGGUUUGUUAUGCGAUGACAAUAAUAAAAGCCAAGGACAGACUUUGUCACGUCUCUCUAUACUUGCCUAAACCAGUCUUCAGCCAUGGUCAGCUAUACGUGGCACUGUCAAGAGUUACAACACCCAAAGGACUCAAAAUUUUAGACUUGAGCAGAGAUGGGGAUGGGAGUAGAACGAUAUCUAACAUAGUCUACAGAGAAGCCUACAACGGACUGCCUCAAUCUACCGGUAUGUUAUCUUCUAUCUCCACCUAUGCGUUAGGCGUCUCCUUAUACUUUCCAAUAUUAUAUAAAACACUUACGUUCGAAGCAAAUCAGAUUAACUAACACAACCUCAAAUCUUAAGUCACACAAUCAGAUAUUCAGUUUAAACGUACGUUUUUACUUUGGUUCAUCAAAGAUGACAAACUAAAGGUUCAUCUCAAUAUGUCUACAUCCUCCAUAUCUAUCAAGAUAAAAACAUUCAGAAAGAAAAUUAAAGAGUUUAAGAAUCACUGAGAAACUAACAUGAAAAAACAAAUUUGAGAACGGCACAGACAGCACGAAUUGUGAAGCCAAAGCUUAAUAAAGUACAGCGUUUUAGGGUCCCGUUAUACUUUUGUUGUUUCUCUAUUAAAAUUAGUGAAAAAAAACCAAAAAUUCAAACCUUCUCUGUUGCAGGUUCAGACGAUGACGAAACAUCAAAGGAUCAAUGAGUACGGAUUGAUGCCGACUCUGCCUAAGCUAAUGUGAGCAAAUUCUUCUUCAAUUACGCUUUAGAACAAUUGCCGUAACCCAAAAUCACCGCCUUAAACGCCAAUCAGGACAGGAAUCGCAGGCAACGGUGAAGCUCCCCCGACGACGGAGGAAAAAAGACGACCUAAGGGAUUUUUUUAAGUAUCAGAACAAAUGUAAAUUCAAGGCCCACCACAAUUCGAGCCCAACAUUUUUAAACCCAAUCCGUUUUUGGGACGACCAAAUAUGCUUUGAUAUGUUGAGCAUACAAACAUUUAAAGAAACAACAUUAUAUUUUCCCAAACAGAACUAACCUACAAAAAAAUAGUUAUAUAACUAUUUAAUUAAAUAAAUUUCAUAAAUUAAUACUGUAUUAUAUAAAAAAAACCAUUUAGUUGACCCACUUGAUUAUUUAUCCUCUCACCACAAAUUAAUUAACUAUAUUAUUAAAUUAUUUUAACAAUUACUAAACUUUAUGUCAACAAUUUACAACCGUUAUGUUUUCAGGUCCAUAUAAUUUUUCAUUUAUUUAUUUUUCAAUGUUACCACCUUUUACAACAUCCAAUUACAAAUGAUAACCUCAUUGGUGAAAUAAAAAACUAUUAAAGAAAACAAAUUUCUAAUAUAAUAUCAUUAAACGCAAUCUUGAAAUAAUAGAUCAAACAGUGAUUGUAAAUAUAUUAAGCAUAAUCUUCUGAAACAGUAACAAGCCAGCAUAAUAAAAUAAAUAAAUUAAUAACAGUCCAUUUACUCCAAGUAUUUAACGCCAAUGAAUAAAUGAACCAUAUAAACAAACGUCAAAAAGUAAACAACAAAAAAAAAAACACACACCAACCAUCUAUAAAACAUAUCUAUGACACCCUACCUUCAACAAACACCACAAGAAUGAAUAACAAUCCAUUUCUUUCUCAUCACUUCACCCACCGAACAAUAUCUUCAAGAGCAAAUCCACAACGAACACUCCAAGUCUAUCCACAGACCAACGAUACAACAAUCCGACAUCAAUUUCCAAGUUCGAUCUUUCAUUGACAAUCAAGGGAUAAUGAAGCGGCAAUGAUUGAAGAAAUAGCCGUCCAUAUUUCAAACAAGUUGAAUAUUGCUACACGCUGUCCACGCUGUUUACUUCAUUAUCCCUAAUACACAUUUAAAAGUUUCUUCAAAAACCUUCCCAAAAUCUCCUGUCUGCUUCUUUACAUCAGUUGGAUUCACUUUAUAAAAAAUAGUCAUCACCAUCUGACCCAAUUCUCUGUUCAUGAUCUCCACCAAUUCCUCAAGACACCACGACGAAGAAGCGUAUCUUUCGGAGAGCAAGACGAUGGCAAUCUUAGUUAGAUCCUCCGAUCGCCCGUUUGAGUUCAGGACCGAUGGAUUCUCCUCUCUCGAUCUUGUUUUUUUUGCUAACCGAGUAUUCUAGCCCCACCGAGGUGGUCCAGACUAGAGACCGAAGUGAGCAUGGACGCUGCCAGGGCGUCACCAUGUGGCUCACCGUGUAACGGUCUUCGGUCUCGGGUGCUACAGCCCACAUGUAAAUUCCGCAGUGGCCAAGGCUCGAACUAGGGGAGGGCACUCCAGCUGGAGCUCCUAUACCACUAGACCAAAGCAACUUGGUUAAACAUGUUGAUUCCUUUGUUUCUGAACUCCUUCAACAUGUGACUGAGAAAAUUUUGGCGUACAUCUUGCCCGUGGAAGCUUGGAAAGACAUCGUGAUCCCAGUUUCGAGGCAAAGAAGACGACGAAGAAGCCAUUAGUACGAUUUAGAUAACAGAUCUAUUUUAGCGCUGUGUGGGCGUAAGGAUCAACAAAGAGACUUUGUAUACUUAACAACAUAGAAUUUUAUUUUUUAUUGACUGGAAAUAAAGUUUUAUCUUUUCAUGGAAAAUAUGAGCCACAACCCUAACCAUGUAGAUUCCACCAUUUAUUGGAAAUUGCUGAGUUAUUA